UUCUCCCUAAUGUAAAAUACAGACAAAAAAAAAAAAAAGAGGAGAGGGAAAAUAAUCAAAUACUCCUACUUAUUACUACUGCUCCUACAUUUUCGAGCACCUGUUUGGCUGUUUUCUCUCUCUCCCCCACAUCACUGCAAUACCAUUAGAAAACAGGAGAGAGAAAGUAAGAAAAAGAGGGAACUUUGCCAAAUUUUCGCCCACUUCUUCAAAAUUCCGCGCCCUGUCUUCUCCUCUUCUCCAUUUUCACUUUUCCCCAUAACUUCUUCAUAUAUACCAGUACUCUGUCUUUCUCUCUCCUCAAUACCACAAAGACACAAAACCCUAGCAAAUCUUCAGUAGUUUCUGAUCAUCGGAGCACAUUUUGUUGAUUCUUUCGAAGAUGUCAGAAAUUAUGGAGGUUGAAGUUGGAGAAGUGAAAAUGGGGGAAACGAGAAGGACGAGUGAGAGAACUAGAGGAAAGAGGAUUUCGUACAAUGAGAAGAUAAUGGCGAGUUAUGAUGAAGUUAGUCCGGUGAAAAUGAGGAAAACUCAUCGGAGUAAUGGAGGUGGUAGUAGGAAGUCGUCCAAGGGUCCGGAAGUUGUUGAGAAGGUGGAAGAGAGUAGAGAGAUGGAGAUAGUUAGAGGAUUGUUUGGUGCUAGUGAAGGUGGUGAUGGAUUGUUGAAUUUAGGGCUGAAAUUGGAGGAAGUUCAGUCGGAUUCUAGGGUUUCCGUCGAGAAAAGCGAUCAUUUGAAGGUCAAGGAAACGCUAAGAAUCUUCAACAAUCAUUACCUGCAUUUUAUACAGGAAGAGGAAAGAAGAUGUAAACAAGUGGAAGAUGAGAAGAAGAAGAAAGGUGAUGCAGAUAAGAAGAGAGUACCUCAUAAACGUCCGGAUUUGAAGGCAAUUACAAAGAUGAUGGAGACUCGUAAAGUUCUAUUUCCUAGCAAGCAGUUUGGGGCCAUUCCUGGUGUUGAUGUUGGCCACCAAUUCUUUUCACGGGCUGAAAUGGUUGCAGUAGGUUUCCACAGUCACUGGCUGAAUGGGAUUGAUUAUAUGGGCCAGAACUAUUCCAAAGGGGAAUUCAGCAAAUAUACAUUUCCUUUGGCUGUUGCAAUUGUCCUGUCAGGACAAUAUGAGGAUGAUCUAGAUAACUCAGAUGAUGUUAUCUACACAGGUCAAGGUGGAAACAACCUAUUGGGUGACAAAAAGCAGGUGCAAGAUCAAAAAUUGGAAAGGGGAAACUUGGCACUAAAGAAUAGCAUGGAGGAGGAUCUGCCUGUGCGAGUCAUUCGUGGUCAUUCUUCUAAAAACAGUUAUGUUGGCAAAGUCUACACUUAUGAUGGAUUGUACAAGGUUGUGAAUUACUGGGCGGAGAAAGGUGUCUCUGGUUUCACUGUGUACAAGUUCCGUUUGAAGCGGAUGGAAGGCCAGCCUGAGUUGACUACGACCCAGGUUCAAUUUAUUCGAGGACGUAUUCCUGAUGCUAUCUCUGGAGUCCGAGGGUUGGUAUAUGAGGACAUUUCUGAGGGUCAAGAAAAUAUUCCUAUUCCUGCGACGAACUUGGUUGAUGAUCCACCCGUACCGCCUACUGGUUUCAAGUACUGCAAAUCUAUCCAACUUGCGGACAAUGUGAAGAUUCCUGCUGCUACCCGUGGAUGUGACUGUGUUGGGGGUUGCACUGAUCCUAAAAUCUGUGCUUGUGCCCGUCUUAAUGGCUCAGAUUUCCCUUAUGUUCAUAGGGAUGGUGGCAGGCUUGUCGAAGCGAAAGCUGUGGUGUUCGAGUGUGGCCCAAAGUGUGCGUGUGGAUCAUCUUGCAUCAACCGCACCUCCCAGAAAGGUUUAAGAUACCGUUUCGAGGUUUUUCGCACUCCAAAGAAGGGUUGGGGUGUUAGAUCAUGGGACUAUAUACCAGCUGGUGCUCCAAUAUGUGAAUACACAGGGAUGUUGAGGAGAUCUGAUGAGGCUGACAGUGUAUUGGAAAACAACUUCAUUUUCGAUAUAGAUUGCUUGCAAACAAUGAAGGGGCUUGAUGGAAGACAGAUGAGAUUGCAAGAUGUAUCUAUUCCUUCUGAUAGCUUGUUGGAAAAGCCUGAGGAGAAGGUUGUCGAUAGUAAUGUAGAGUUUUGCAUUGAUGCUGGGGUCACGGGAAAUCUGGCCAGAUUUAUCAAUCAUAGCUGUGAACCCAAUCUAUUUGUACAGUGUGUUCUAAGUUCACACCAUGACAUCAAACUGGCAAGGGUGAUGCUUUUUGCUGCUGACAACAUACCACCUUUACAGGAACUUACAUAUGACUACGGCUAUGGCCUUGAUAGUGUCAUUGGCCUUGAUGGCAAGGUAAAGCAGAUGACAUGCUAUUGUGGCGCGGAGGGUUGCCGGAAGCGUCUGUUCUAAGUUGCUUCACUGCCUCUAAUUUUUGUUAGCCUCUUUUACUGCUGGAUAAUGUUUGUUAAUGUGAUAGAAUGUUGUAUAGAAUGCUAACCAGUUAGGGGUAUCCUUUUUUUUGCAUAUCUGGGAAAACAUUGAGGCAUCAAAUCCCGCCUCUAGCUUAUAGGAUAUGAAAUUAUAGCCCGAAGAUCUGGAGCUUGAAUAUAGAUUAUAUAGGAGGCAAUUUUUUGUAAGAUACAAGUUAUAUUAAUACUGAUAUCUUCAAAUGUAAUGUAGUGAAGGUCAUAUGCUGAUUUCACUUUAGUGUAGUGAUUCCUAUUAUGUGAUCUUAUAAAAGAAAUGAGAAUACCUGUUCUGCAUUCUUCAUGAA